UAAUAAAUUAACAAUCAAUCAAAAUGAUUCAUAAUCAUGAAAAAAUUCUAGUCAAAUUAAUUGAAGAAUAUCAUUCAAUAUUACCGGCAAAAGUUGCAAAAAUUCUUCUCUAUUUUGGUUCAAUUACAUUGAAACGAGCACGUUCAUAUUCAACAUUAAAACGAAAUGAUUUUGAAAAAGGAUUAGAAAUACUUAUACGUUGUGAUUAUGUAAACAUAAAUAUUAUUGGUGAUAAAAAACAACGUAUAUUUGAAAUUGAUACGGAAAAAAUUCUGAAUAUUUUGUUUUAUCCUUGUUAUUUGAAAUCAAUCGAUAAACGAUUUGGUGUUGAAUGUGUUUCAUUAUUGAAAACAUUAUUUAUUUGGGGACAAUUAUCAAUCAAUGAUCUAAUUGAACGUACAUUAUAUCAUAUUAUACAAACAAAUUCAUUGGAUUUUAUUGAUGAUCAAAUACAACAAUUUAUUGCUGUUUUAUAUGAAAAAUUAAUGAUAAUGAUGUCGAAGAAUAUUAUCAUAUUUUGCGGUAAAAAUAAUGAUGAUGAUUUGGAUGGAUAUGAUGCUGAUCAAAUAUUCAAAGCACUUAAACAAAAUACCGAUCCAGAUUCUAAUAGCGGUUUUACGAAAUUUAUAUCAAAAACAUCACGUUUAAAAUUCAAUAUUGAUGCAUUAAAUUCGCUAUAUUUUAUGGAAUUAUUUCCAUAUUUAUUGGGUGAUAAAUUUGAAAAUUCAGAUGCAGAUUCAAUUUUUCAAAUGUUACUUGAUUUAAAUUUUGAACAAUCAGUACAAAUGAAAUAUAUGAAUAUUGAUAUGCAACAAAUAUUCGAACGAUAUCGAACAAAUAUGGAUAAUAUCGAUUGUUCAUUACAUCAAAUGCAACUAAAAUUAUCAUUCAUAUCGCAUUAUUUUGCACCACAAUUUCUUAUUGUUGGUAAAACAAAUUGUUCACUGGAUUUUGAAACAUUUCUUACCAGUUUGGUUAAAUUUAUUGUUAAAGAAUAUUUACGUAAAAAUUUUGGUGAAAAUUCCGUGAAAAUUUUCGGUGCAUUACAAGAACAGAUUUGUUUGUUUGAAAAUAAUCUACUUACAAUGUUAAAACUUGAUUCAAAAGAAUUACAUCGAAAUCUUUAUUUAAUGAAUCAAAAUCGUAUGAUAAAUAUAAAUUUUUAUUCCGAAACAAAUCUUUCAUCAACAUCAUCGGCUCGUAAUGUAAAGAAAGCAUUUUCAGUAAAUCUUACCGAUGUUGUUGAUUGUAUUGUCAAACGAAUACAAUAUUCUAUCUAUACUAUACAUCAUCGUCGUUUAAUCGAAAUGAACGAACAAAAAGAUUUAAUUUCACGUAAAAAUCAUAUAGAAAAUUAUAAGAAAAUUAUUGACGAACAAGUUGAAGAUCAAGAGGAAAAAAAUCGUUUAAUAACAACUGCACAUAAUUUUAUGUCCGACAAUGAUCAUAAACGUGCUGAAUCAUUACUUAGCUAUGAUAUUAAAGUGGAUAAAAUUGAAUAUCAUCUUGUUAAUAAUUUAUUUAUUUUGAAAUUAUGGCAAAAUUUAUGUCAAAAUCAGGAAAAGAAUUGAAAGAAAUUAUUUGAAAAUUUUAUGUGUCAAAUUGGUGGACCAUUUUGAGUCGAGAUAGUCGAAUUAAAUCACAACAGCUGUUUUUGAGUGAAAAUUUUUUUUUCUGCUGUUUCUUUUAUCUUAAAAACAGUUCCAGUCUUGAUUCAAAAUGA